AUGAGUGACGUGGAGAUCGAUUUCAAUGUCUUCCAAAAGAGACUUGUUUCUCUACACGCAGAAUACACGAAGUUUGAAGGCUCUCCAAACUGCUUGCUAUUUGUCGUUGGCUCAAGUGAUGAAGAAGAUCCGUACAAGAAAAGCACUAUUCUGCACAAUUGGCUGCUAGGAUAUGAAUUUCCUGCUACUUUGAUCGCAGUGCUACCUGAAAAGGUGGUUGUCAUCACAGGUGCAGGCAAAGCUAAGCACUUGGAGCAAGCUGUCAAGAUGUUUGAAAAAUUGCCAGUAAAAUUGGAGUUGUGGCAAAGGAAAAGUAAGGACGUGGAGUAUAAUGAAAAACUGUUCAAAGAUAUCAUCGAACUUAUCAAAGUGGCAGGUAAAAAGGUUGGUAUGCCCAAAAAUGAUAGCUAUCAAGGUAAGUUCAUUGCACAAUGGAAUCCUCUGUGGGAAGAGGCGAUCAAGUCCGCAGAAUUGGAAAUCGUUGAUAUCACUCUUGGGCUCUCAACUGUGUGGGAACUCAAAGACGACAAGGAAAAAACCCUACUUAAAGUCUCCAGUAAAGCGUCCGAUAAAUUUAUGAACCUUCUCUCAGAAGAGAUGGUCAGUGCUGUGGAUGAGGAAUUGAAAAUAAGCAAUGCUAAGCUGUCAGACAAAAUCGAAAAUAUGAUUGAUGAUUCCAAAUUUUUGAAAAAACUCGCUUCUGAACUAUCCCCAUUUUGCCCAGAGGGUGAACAAUUUGAUAUCAAUUUGCUUGAUUGGGCUUACUCUCCGAUUAUACAAUCUGGUAACAAGUUCGACUUGAAGGUCUCAGCACGUUCUAAUAAUGACCAACUUCAUGGAAAUGGCUGUAUCCUAGCGUCAUGUGGUAUACGCUAUAAAAAUUACUGUUCUAACGUGACAAGAACCUUUUUAAUUGAUCCUUCUGAAGAAAUGGCUAGUAAUUACGAGUUUUUGCUUACCUUACAGAAUGAGAUCAUAGCGAAUUACCUAAAAAUUGGAAAAACUCCAAAGGAAGUAUAUGACGCUGUUGUUAAUUACGUUAAUACUAACAAACCAGAACUGUCCUCGGGUUUGACAAAGAAUGUAGGGUCCUUGAUUGGGUUAGAAUUCAGAGAUUCCCAAUUUGUUUUGAAUGCAAAGAAUGACUAUCGCAAGAUUGCAGCAGGCGACUGCUUCAAUAUUUCACUUGGCAUUAACAACCUUAAGUGCUCAAAGACCAAUGUAAACUAUGCUUUACAAAUUGCUGAUACCGUUUUCUUGAAAAGUCCAGAUGGAACGCCAGAAAUAUUUACCGCGUACACCAAGGCCAAAUCUCAAGUUUCCUUCUUUUUCAAUGCAGAAGAAGAGGUUCAAGCUCCUAAAGUCAAGAAAGAAAAAGAUUCAACUGCCUCAUCGCUACAAAUGAAAUCAGAAGGUAAUUCCAAAAUAUUGAGGUCCAAAUUACGUGGUGAAUCUCGUGUUAACGAAGAUAAUCAAAAAGAGCAAAUUCGUAAAGACAAUCAAAAAAAGCUACACGAAAAAUUGCAGAAGAAUGGUUUGUUAAGAUAUAGUGCUGCUGACGCUAAUGACAAUAAUGCGCAACCACAUCAUCAAUUCAAAAAAUAUGAGUCUUACGUAAGAGAAACUCAAAUUCCUAAUAACGUACGCGAUCUACGAGUUCAUGUUGAUUGGAAAAAUCAGACAAUCAUAGUACCAAUCUACGGUAGGCCUGUUCCAUUUCACAUUAACUCAUAUAAGAACGGUUCUAAAAAUGAAGAAGGUGAAUACACGUAUUUACGGUUGAACUUUCAUUCUCCUGGUGCAAGUGGUAUUUCUAAGAAAGCAGAGGAGCUGCCUUACGAGGAUUCGCCCGAAAAUCAAUUUGUUCGUUCCAUUUCUUUACGUUCUAAAGAUGGUGAUCGUAUGAGUGAAGUUUUCAAGCAAAUUGCAGAUUUGAAAAAAGAAGCUACUAAAAGAGAACAAGAGCGGAAGGCAUUGGCUGAUGUAGUAGAACAAGCGAAGCUAAUUGAGAAUAAGUCUGGAAGAACAAAGAGGCUGGAUCAAAUUUUUGUUCGUCCCAGCCCAGAUUCAAAAAGAGUUCCUGGAACUGUUUUCAUACAUGAAAACGGUAUUAGAUAUCAAUCACCUCUUCGUACGGAUAGCAGAAUAGAUGUCCUAUUCUCGAAUAUCAAAAACUUGAUUUUUCAGCCUUGCAAAGGAGAAUUGAUUGUUAUCAUCCACGUCCAUCUCAAGAACCCUAUUCUUAUGGGCAAGAAAAAAAUUCAAGACGUUCAAUUCUACAGGGAAGCGUCAGACAUGGCAGUGGACGAAACUGGUAACGGUAGACGUUCUCAGAUGAAGUUCCGUAGAUAUGGUGAUGAAGAUGAGCUGGAGCAGGAACAAGAGGAGAGAAGGAAGCGUGCUGCCUUGGACAAAGAAUUCAGAUAUUUUGCAGAGGCUAUUGCCGAUGCAUCUGAUGGUUUGGUUGAUCUAGAUACCACCUUCAGGGACUUGGGUUUCCAAGGUGUUCCUAGUAGAUCUGCAGUUUUCUGUAUGCCUACGAGAGAUUGUCUUGUUCAGUUGGUUGAACCGCCAUUUUUGGUAGUGAAUCUAAGCGAGGUUGAGAUCUGUAUCUUUGAAAGAGUUCAAUUUGGACUGAAGAAUUUUGAUAUGGUAUUCAUCUACAAGGAUUUCUCAAAACCUGUAACGCAUAUAAACACGGUGGCUAUUGAAGAAUUAGAAUUGUUGAAAUCUUGGCUAACUGACGUGGACAUACCAUACACGGUUUCCACAAUCAAUUUGAAUUGGUCGACCAUUAUGAAAUCCCUUCAAGAGAACCCACACCAGUUUUUCCUAGAUGGCGGCUGGUCGUUUUUGGCUGCAGGAUCUGAUGAUGAGAUGUCUGAUGAAAGUGAAGAGGAGAUUAGUGAAUACGAAGCAUCCGAUGAUGAUCCAUCGGAUGAAAGCGUUUACUCGGAGGAGGAUAAAUACUCUGACGAAGAAUUUAGUGAUGAAGGAAGUGAGGAUGCCAGUGUUGAUGAGAGUGAGGAAGAUGGUGACGAUUGGGAUGAGUUAGAAAAAAGAGCAGCGAAGGCUGAUCGCACUAGCAGGCUCAAGGAUUGA